AGUUGAUCCGCCGCGAUUCUUUUCGCAAUGAUAGACCCGCGAGGUCGUCGAGGCACUUCUUGGGAUGCUCCUUUCUUAUUUUUGGUGGUGAUUCAUGCGGCAAGUGGUCCUGGAUGUUUUGCAGCGGAUGCACCAAAUAUCGUUUUUGUUAUUGCAGAUGAUCUUGGAUGGAACGAUGUAGGUUUCCAUGGAAGCAACCAAGUACCAACUCCCAAUAUCGACGCACUAGCUUACAAUGGAAUUAUCCUUAACAGUCAUUACGUUCAACCUACAAGUAGUCCAUCAAGAGCGUCUCUGUUUACUGGAAAGUACGCAAUCAAAUUAGGUAUGCAAGGUUCGUCAUUACUGCCCGGAGAAAAACGAUCGCUUCCGGAAGGAAAACUAAUGCCUGAAUACUUCAAAGAACUCGGCUAUUCAACGUAUUUGGUGGGCAAAUGGCAUUUAGGUUACUCCAAAUGGAACGAAACACCAACCUUCAGAGGUUUUGACCACCACUAUGGCUUUUACAAUGGACACACUAGUUACUUUGACUACGUAGGCACAAAAACGUAUGACGGCAUCGACUACCAUGGUUUCGAUAUGAGAAGAGACGGCGUCCCGAGUUUUGAAGAUGCUGGCCAUUAUGCUACUGAUGCUUUCACAGAUUAUUCGGUUAGAGUAAUUCAAGAACACGACACGUCAAAACCAUUGUUUCUCAUGUUAACGCAUCUUGCUGUGCAUGCUGGCAAUACUGGGAAGCUGCUAGAGGCACCACAAGAAGCGAUUGAUAAGUUACGGCACAUAGAAGAUGCUAAUAGAAGAACUUAUGCAGCAAUGGUAACGAAACUGGACGAAAGCCUUGGUACCUUGGUGGAAACCUUAGAGAGCAAAAAGAUGCUGCAGAAUACUGUUAUAGUUUUCAUAACUGAUAAUGGUGCUGCAACAGUUGCUCCUCAGUUCAAGAAUUGGGGUAGCAACUAUCCCCUCAGAGGGGUGAAGAAUACACUUUUUGAAGGAGGUAUUAGGAGCGUCGCUUUUAUAUACAGUCCUCUCCUCAUUCAGUCUGGAAGAGUCUCUAAGGAUUUGAUGCAUAUCACCGAUUGGUUACCUACUCUGUAUACUGCUGCAAAUGGAGACAUUGCUAACCUAGGUCCUGAAAUCGAUGGUAUCGAUCAAUGGGCUAGUAUGGUCUAUGAUUUACCAUCACCAAGAAAUGACAUUUUGCUGAACAUCAAUGAGAAAACAAGAAAUGCAGCCUUGAGAUUCUACAACUGGAAACUAAUAGUAGGUACCAGCAUGAAUGGAACCUAUAAUGAUUACUAUGGAGAAGCAGUGAUGGGUGUGAUUUCCGAAACAUCUUACAACGGAAGUGCCGUAUUCGACAGUAAGGCUGGUCGAGUGAUCAGACAAGUAUCCUACACGCCCCUGACUGAAACAGAAUACUUGCAACUACGAGCAGAAGCAAGAGUUGCUAGACUGGACGCCAAAGCUAAGAAGAAUCCGUGUGACCCCGCAGGUGGUGAAGUAUGCUUAUAUGACAUCCCCAACGAUCCUUGUGAAGAGAACGAUCUGGCGAAGUAUUUCCCCAGCGUGGUACGAAGAAUGAAGAGAGCUCUGGUCGAGUACCGCAAAUCCCUCGUGCCUCAACUGGAGGAAGCUGUUGACAUCGAGAAUGCUGCGCCCAGGCUGUUUGGUUUCACCUGGAACCCAUGGCUGGAUUGUAAAGAUGCUGUUUGUACUAUACCUGUAUAAUUCAAGUUUUAUUAUACAUUCAUUCCAUAUUCAAUUGUAUUAAUACAUGC